UUUCCCGAGCAUCGGCAAGCUUGAGUUUCCUGCCCGGAGGAAGAGACAAAUGCAGAUAAAAGGCGUGCAGAGGGCUUGAGAAAGUCACAGUGCUCUGGAACCUCGAAUCUCCACACUUCCUCCAGCUUCUCCUGAACCCGAGCUCCCUGGUCCAGGAUUUUGUCCACGAUGAGCCUCCUACCCCGCCUCUCCGCCUGCAUCCCUGGCCGGUCCAGCUCGCUACUUGUGCUGCUCGCGUUUCUGUUGCUGCUGACGCCGCAGACGCUGGACGCUGAUUCAGAUGUGUCAGUGGUCAGAGAGCUGCGUUGCAUUUGCAUGACCAUAACUCCAAAAGUUUCUCCCACAAUGAUCACUAAUCUGGAGGUGAUAGCCAGAGGGCAACAGUGUCCCAAUGUGCAAGUGAUAGCUUCACUGAAGAAUGGAAAGGAGGUCUGUCUUGAUCCAGACGCCCCUUUGAUCAAGAAAAUCAUAAAGAAAAUGUUGGACAGAAAUAAGAAAACUAAUUAAGAGAAAUGAACAUGCAUUGGGAAAAUCACCCAAUAUUCAACAGAGCAAUUUUCUGAGGAUGACUCCCGCCCCUGAAGACAAGAAAGGCUGAUUUGUUUACCUCAGUAAUUUUCUUUGGAGAGCCCCUACUUUGAAGAGGAUGGGGGAAACCUUUCUCCCUAAAGCUUUUUUGCUCAGCUUGGAACUAUUUAGAAUAACAUUUCUAUCCUUUUCUAUUAUCUGUUACACUAUUGGAAAAAUUAGUAUUUAACUAGAUUGUGAGUCAAGAACCAUUGGUAGUUAACCAUCCAAAAUGUCUUGAACUGAAGGUAACUACUGCACUGUAACUAGGGAAUACACACACACACACACACACACACACACACACACACCCCUUAUAGUGCUCAUCCAAAGGCUGUGGAUUUAACAGAUCAAUGGUGUUCUUAGAAUACUGUUGAGGGAGGAAUACAAUUAUUCUCCCUCUUCUAAUGAAAUAGGAAAUAUUUUACUGUGUUUUUAAAGAUAAUGUGUUAGGGAACUCCCUUACUCCUGUCUCUGGUGUGGCAUGUACAUUAUAUUAUAUUAGAAAACUGGUAUAUCAUUACAGAAACCUGUGUAGAAUAUAUAUUCCUUGUUUAGAAUUUCUAAAUGUGUAAGUUCUAGAAGGACUAAAUGUAUUCUUUUUCUAUAAUUUUAGACAUUUGAUGUCUUCUUAAGGUAUGGCAUAAUGUCAUGACUUACUCAUCAAACUUUAAUUAUAUGCUAUUUAUUAACUAUUUUAUUAGUUGUAUUCUUCAAGUACAUGUUUUAGAUAGAUGAAGAAAAGAAACAGGUAAAUUCCUGACUUGUAG